AUGUUACAUUUUCGGUCUUCGGUAGUGCUCAAGGAGUUGUUUCAAUCCAACCUGAAGCGCCCUUUGACAGGUAUCGCCAGAAAGUCAUCACCAUCAGUCGCGUAUUGCUUUAGCACCGCCUGUACAGAUGUCAGAUCCGUGACCAAAGUAAAGUGUGUCCAGCAUGCGGUUGGAUGGAGAGCUACGCCAUACACUACCAACACCCACGGAACUCGGAACCUCUCCACCAAGAGCCAUAACGGUUCACCGCCAACGGACACCAAAAAUGACACCGCCACCAGCAAUGAAACCGCCACCAAGCAGGCAGCUGCCGAGAAGUGAGUACCGUUAGCUAGCCGGUACAGCUGAUAAAGAAUGAAAUACAGUAUCUUAAGCUAUGCAAUUAUACUUACCUGUGGGGGAGUUCUUUACGUUCUAUCCAGAAUAAUCACAUGGACUGAGUCUAGCAAGCUAGAUUGGUUUCUAAUGAACUGCAAUAAAUUAUACAGUCCUCAUUUGUCUAGAGAUGUUGUUAACCUGACCAGUGUGUCCUGAUAGUUUCAGUUCUGAAGAGUCGAUGAGACCCAUAUCACAUCAGUCCUGCACACCUGUGCUGGCCUCAUACAGCGUCUUUGCUUUUGGUGUUGAUACAGCUAGGAGGAUGCAUGCAUAGAUAGGCCUCACGCCUCAUAAAAUUAAUCAAGCAGAAUAGCUUCUUCCAGGGAACUGUUGGUGAAUUUCACAUAAGCCCCCUUUAUAAGCCUAGACCUAUGUUCAUUUAGUCAUGCAGUCUAGUCUGUGUGGUGAAGGUUAUGCAUUAAUUUGGGAUGUUAUGAAAUGAUAAUGUCUAUAAAACAGCACUGUUAUAAUAUUAUUAUAACAGUAAGAGCCUAUAAUAACAUGACUAUAGAACAGUUCAUAUCUGGCAGGAAUAAUUGUAAAGUCAGGUACACUCCUUCAGGCCUUAGUCUAUAUCAGAAAGGGAUUUUCAUUCUCCCCAGAGAUAGAGACCUGAUUGCCUGUAGUGUUCAGUCAAUGACACCUGGAGGUCACCUGGAGGUCGGUCAUCAAGCAGUGUUUUUAUUGUUUGCUAGAGAAAGCUCUCUCCGUCUGUUCUCUCUGUUAUAAGUGUCAUUCUACUUGAAUACUGAACAGCCUCUCUCAUUCUAUAGUGUCUUGGUGGCUAUAUAGCAUGGUAAUAAUGGCAUGAUAAUAACAGUUGUUGGGUGUUUCAACAACUUGUAUGUUUUGGACACAUCUUGUCAUUGGAAAUCUCCAUUUGAGUUGGCAUAUCAUGAAUAUCUUAUCAGAUAGUGAGUAUUUGUUCUCAUCGUGUUAGGCCAGCUGAUAAGGUAGACUAUUUAUGUACUGCCAAAGGCAACUGUCCAAUAUUAGUUCUGUCCAUGGUGACAGGGACCACUUUGCUAUUUAAAAAGACCUGGGUAAAGGGUAGGCUAUUGAAUGUCCAUUAUGAGCAAAUAAUUUGAUCAAAUCUACUCUCAGCCAAUCUUGCAGAGUCAGACACUUUAGAAUCCUGGAAGUCUAUUACCAUGGAGACCGUCUCAGAUCUGGCACUGCAGACUGGGCAGAGUGGUGCUUGCUGCAUCAGAAUGGGUAGAAUGGCAUUUUGGAUCUAGUGUGACAGUCAGUGGGGAUUUGGGAAUGGGGAUGGCUGUCAUCUAGGGGGCUACCAUUUUGGAAUUAUAAUGGAUGUGGCUUUACAUAGGCUACAGUGUAUUAUCCUGAUGACCAUCUCUUUGACAAUGGAUCUGUUUCCUAGCAUUUAGGCCUAGCUUUAAUAGGCUGGGUGGGAUUUUAGGCUUGGAGGGAUCUUACACCCAAUUUAGAUGUGAAAUCAUUAGGCCAUACCAACUAGCCUGAUUGGGGUAAUGCAAGUUUAUUGCAUCAUUUCUCACUUCAAAAACAUGACUCGCCUAACAAUUCCCUGCUGCCAAAGCCUGCCCAUCCCCUUGUGCAGCUGUCACACUUGGGCAUUGCUACUAUUGCCCCAGUCGGUGGCUUUAAUUUGAGCAUCAUUUCAUAGUCACCAAUAACCCUUUGACCCUGGGAGAGCUGGUACAGCGAACAGUAAUACAAUAGCCCCAGAGAAGAACGAGAAGAGUGUUCUCUCUCUAGACCCAGUUUCUAAUCAUACAUAACAUUUGAUGGCUCAAUUUGAUUCAUUCUCCCACAGAGGUUUGCAGGUAUCCUAUCCUAAUCCUACUCACUCAACGUAGUGCUGUGAUUGGAGUCCCUCUAAUGAGUAAAACAAAAUAGUCACAUGAUAAUGGGGACAGGAACUCCUGAGUUUACUCAUGCAUUUUACUGCAGACAGAUGUAGAGACGCCCUAGGCUAUUAAUGCUGCCAGGAAUAGGCUCACUCUCUCUGUCACAUCCAUUAAGUUUGCUUUUUACCAGAACACAAAUGCAUCUACUGGUAAUGAUAUGCCUCAUUGCCCACAGCUGAGCAGGCACCCUUCUUGUUUUAUCCAUGGUCAAUUUGCUUUAGCUGUUGUCAACCAGCUGUCGUACAUUAUUGACAACAACAACAUCCUCCGUCAGGGUAGGUUCAGUCACAGGUACACAAACAUUAGGCCUAGUCAGUCCAAAUGGGUCCUCUGCUGGAAGGUAGCCUAGGUAGGCCUAUAGCUUUGUGCCUAGAAAGGAAUUAUCAAUACACAGUCUAUAGGCCUAAGCCUAUUGGUCCAUUUGAAGGUUUUUCCUUUUCUGGCUUUGCAUUGUAUCUGUUUUAAAGUACCAUCACCAAAGCUGUUUUUUCUGUUCCUGGGUUGCAUUGUGUUAGCGUGUGCAGCUGCAGCAUAUUGUGAGUGAAUAGAGAUGGAGUCCUUCAGACUGCCCUGACUCAGAUUGAUUUUUGUGGUUCCCUCCUGUCAACAGACUAUGAUCAAUGCACUUUGGACCAAUUUGCAGUGACAUCUUGGAGGCGGUGAAACCAGGCUGAUAAAUUGGGUCGAAUAAAAAUGGUAGCCAUAAGGACUCAAUCAAGUCGGUUAAUGUUUGUGUCAGGCGCAAACAUAUUAAUCAGAGCUCUGCCUUGAAGUUGCGAGCAUUUAGGCCUAUGACCAUGUUAAUACUGUCAUCUCAAGAAUUGCAGGCUAGCCCACAUAAAUAAUUAUAUUUUGCAUUGAUUGUUCAUUUAAUUUGGUCACUGUUGAAGUAGUCACGCUGCCUUGUUCUUACUUAUUGAACUCAAUUGAACUCCAGUGUAUAAAUAGCACAGUAGAUGUGUGUAACACACUGACUGUAGGCUAGGCUUGGCAGCUUUCCCAAGUAUUAAUGAGGAUCAGUGACACCAAGUCAUAGCCUCUGGUCACCAGAAACUAUGGCCAGGGAGACCAAGCGCUCUUUGCAGGAGAGACCCAAAAGUGGGGCAGGCAGCGUGCUGUUGUAGGCUGAGGGCUAGGCUAUGUGGCGGGCUCCGUGCAGGGCUUCUGAUGAGGCACACUCUCUACAUGCUGCACACAGUUGACCUCACAAAGCUGCAGGGAGAUAGAGGAGAGGAGUGGGGGGAGCGGGGAGAGGAAGGAGGGGAGCGGGGAGAGGAGAGGAGAGGAGAGGAGAGGAGAGGAGAGGAGAGGAGAGGAGAGGAGAGGAGAGGAGAGGAGAGGAGAGGAGAGGAGAGGAGGCCAGCUAAGGCUGAGUGAGAAUUAAUUAACGGAGCAUAAUCAGCACCAGUCCAGAUGUUUCACACCUGCUAAUAGCCUGUCUGUUUGGACUUCCUAUUAUCCUGGGGUGAGGGCAAGGGCUUGGAGACAUGAAGCACAGAGGGUGAUGUCCAUAUGGGCAGUUUGGAACACAACAUACGUCCUCAGUUUAAUGAUUUGUUUUACAGUGUUCUUUGCUGGAAGGGAAUAAAGAUUUUUUUCGGUUCUGCCAUGCCAUGGUUUUCACUGUUGUUGUGCAGUGUUGGACGUGGCCUAAAUAUUGAAUGUGUAUGUUAAUCCAUGAAUCAGUGUGUCUAUCAGUAGGCCUAUCUGCCACUGAGUUUGUUCUAAUGCCACUCACUUACUCUUCAUAUUUUCUCUCCUUUUUCGUUUCAUCCACUUGCUUUGCCUUGGUGUGUAAGUAUAUGUCUCAAUUUAUAUAUUCAUUUUCGUGUAGAUGUACUGUAGUGUUUCCAGGCUAAGCCUUGCGGCUGCUGAGUGCUCUCUCUUCAUUUCUCUACCUCGAAAUGUCCUCAGCCUCUACAAGCGACUGCGCUUGACUUCCCCAGCUGCCCCCACUGACUGUUUGUUCUAGCAUUCCUCUCUGGCAGGCAUCAGCCAUCCAGAAAUGACUCCAGAAAUGGACCAAUGUCCACAAUCAAAUAGGCCUUAUCAAAACAUUUGACAUGGAAAUGAUAAAGAAUCAUAAUCAUUCAAGAAUAGGACUCAAAACUAACGAAUACGGCUUAAACAACCCCCAAAAUGGAAGAGAUCCUAUUAAACAACAACAGCAACAACAACAACAAACUGAAAGACAUGCAGUGUCCGGAGUCUGAGUCAUUCCUGGGUAGCUGAUGAGGGGAUUUGACCCUCUACCUCUAUUAAAGCCCUUCAUCAUUUUUGAAACGUUGUGACGUCUUCUUAAUCGCUAGGGCAGGCUACGGAGCUGGGUUACUAUAGCUCUAUUGCCUGUCUGUCCCAUGAUGCAUUGCGGGACUGACUAAGCCUGAGCUCCCACCCACCUCCUUCAGAGAUCCGAUUUGGUGUAUGGUGAAUCAUUAUGAAAUACAUACACCUCGUUUUAGGCCUAACUACAGUAUUUGUCCUAUCUAUCUACCUCUAACAUACUGUACUAACUCUUCUCUCCCAGAGUGAGUGGAACGGAUUUGGAGCUGCUAUGCAUAAUACCAGUCAGUAAAUAGGGUGAUGACUCACCUCAAGCCCCCGGGCAUUAGCUAAAACUUGACACUAUAAUUUGUAACUGAUAUGCAUGUAUUUAAAUUGACAUGAAACCAACAAAGCUUACCUUAUUUAUGUUUGAAGAUCCUUGCAAACAAGAUAUUGUCUGUUCAAAUUCUCUGAACUCUCCUUGAACCAUUCAAGUGACAUUCUAACUGAACCUAUCUGACUGGUGUCUUGGAAGCAGUGUUCAAACCCUUUCCUUAAAGCUGGGACUGUAACGCCAAAUACUCACCACCUCUCCUCUACAGUAUUAUAGCUAGUUAACCCUGGCCCCCUGCUGCAGUUCCCAAUUGCCUUUAGAGAACCUUGGCCGUUACUCACUCACUGUAUGUUUGUGUGUGUGUGUGUGUGUGUGUGUGUGUGUGUGUGUGUGUGUGUGUGUGUGUGUGUGUGUGUGUGUGUGUGUGUGUGUGUGUGUGUGUGUCAGGAGAAGGAAGGCAGGCAUCCUGCCCAGUCUGGAGGAUCUGCUAUUCUAUACCAUCGCCGGGGGCGCUGAAAAAAUCCCAGCUCACAAAUUCACCACAGUGAGUGUCAGGCCAGAGCCAACCAGGCAGCCACAUGGUUGGGCCAGCUGGAUGGUAGUAUAGCAAUGGUGCCUGCUGUGUCAUGGUUACUGCCACAGCCUUAUACUGUAUAUCUGAAUAUAAGGCUUGUUACUACUCUGGCUGUACCAGGAAGCAAUAGUUCACUCAUGUCUGGCCCCUUGCUUGGGCUGACAUUCAUAGAAUUAGAUUCUUGUUAGAUUAGAAUUCAUUCUAUUUCUAUGGUGAAAUGUUGAUCUCCCGCUAUCUGGCAUGGAAGAGCAGUUUAUUCAAUAGGCCUUAUUAGUCUUGACAUUUACAUUGGAUCCCUCAAAAAAUAUAGCGUAAUAUACCAUUAAAUUGUCAAGUUAUAACCUUGUUAUAAGCAUGACAUUAAACAUAAUAAACAUGUUGUAAACAUGUAAUACAUAUGAUAAUCGUCAGCCCCCUGACAUGAACCAUGCUUUCUGCAGGCGCUGAAAGCCACAGGGCUUCGGACCGGAGACCCCCGGCUGAAGGAAUGUAUGGAGAACCUGAAAGUCAUCAUGAAGACCACCUCAGACGGAAACCUGGACCGACACCUCUUCAAGAAGUAAGACACUCUAGAGCUGGGAUGUAGAACAAGUUAGUUCUAGUUCCAGAACCCUCUAGACCUAGAACAGAAGGCUUUAGUGGUCAUUUGAUAUGUCAAGCACUGUUUGUAAUUUAGUUAUUUGUGUGCCUCCUUUAUUUGAACACAGUUCAUGUAGGCCAUAACUUAUUCAGGUUCCUUAGAAGCAUUUGGACAUUUCAAUGCAUUCCAAAUCAUGAAUGAUUCAUCAUCUUUCAGGCUUUAUAAGGAAGCAUGUUAUAGCCUAGUCCUUUCAGAUUGUCAAGGUCAUAUCAAUCCCAUUAAUCUUAACAUAUCCUUGUUACAAAAAUAAUAAAUGGCAAUUUGUCAAGAGACUCAUCUCUACGAUCACAAGAACUGUCAUUUCCAGAUCAGCUGAUAUUUGCUUCUUCAUUAAAGUAGUUCAACAAAAAGAUUGUUCCUAUUUACAACUCUAGGACAUACCAUGUGACAUAGCACACAUAGCCCAGUGACCGCUUGAGAAACCACUCUGUAGGCAAGCCCCCCUGCAGGAUACAGAUCAUAAGACAACACACUAGGAGCUACACAAACAUGCUAAGAGGAGCUGCAGUAGCUUUGACUGGAAGCCAUCUGGGAGGAAACUAUUUAUAGGCAAGAGAAGCCUAUACAGUAAACACACCAGUGGGCACAUACAGUAGCAGGGAUAGGAGAGGGUAAAUAGAUAUCUGAUUUCAUACAGUAGCAGGGAUAGGAGAGGGUAAAUAGAUAUCUGAUUUCAUACAGUAGCAGGGAUAGGAGAGGGUAAAUAGAUAUCUGAUUUCAUACAGUAGCAGGGAUAGGACAGGGUAAAUAGAUAUCUGAUUUCAUACAGUAGCAGAGAUAGGAGAGGGUAAAUAGAUAUCUGAUUUCAUACAGUAGCAGGGAUAGGACAGGGUAAAUAGAUAUCUGAUUUCAUACAGUAGCAUGGAUAGGACAGGGUAAAUAGAUAUCUGAUUUCAUACAGUAGCAUGGAUAGGACAGGGUAAAUAGAUAUCUGAUUUCAUACAGUAGCAGGGAUAGGACAGGGUAAAUAGAUAUCUGAUUUCAUAUAACAUCUUAUACAAAUCUAUGAGCUAAUUCCUCACAGUUAUCUAUUCCCUGUAUCAUGUGUACAAUAACAAUGUAGUAAUAUAUGCCAUUUAGCAGACGCUUUGAUCCAAAGCGACUUGCAUGCAUAGAGUUUCGUAUGGAUGGCCCCAGCAGGUAUUAAACCCGCAACCCUGGCGUUGCAAGUGCCAUGCUCUACCAACUGAAGUUACACAGGACUCUGUGUGUUACACUAAUCAUAAGGAGACUCUGGUACCUAACAUAAACACCACCGUCUCCUUUUCUCUUCCAGGUGUGUCCAGAGCAACAUCGUGCUGCUUACCCAGGCCUUCAGGAAGAAGUUUGUUAUCCCCGACUUUGUGUCCUUCGCCUCCGAAAUCGACGCGCUCUAUGAGAAUGCCAAAAACCUGGGAGGGGGACAGGUGGGUGAGGGAGAGGCCCCGGGGUCAGUGAGACGGCAUGGUGAUGGUGGUGAUGAUCAUUUCCUGUUUAAAUGCCCAUGGGGACUGGUAAGUGUUGAUAUGUUGUUGCCUUGUGUUUUGUUUUGUUGUGUAGGUGGCUGACUACAUUCCCCAGCUGGCAAGGUUCAGCCCGGACCUCUGGGCCGUGUCCAUAUGCACUGUGGAUGGACAAAGGUACAGUAGCUAUAGUCAUGUUUAACAAGUAGUAAACAUGUAGUAACCUACAUUUGUAUUUCUAUAACCAAGAUGGAGCACUUCCUUGACUUACAGUAUAGUGUUCCUGUCAAACUGUUAUAGCAUUCCUGUUCCUGUCACUGACAUUGUGACAAUGUCAAUGACAAUGUCACACAUUGUAAAGUAGCUCAUUAGUUACCCUACAUAAUGAGGCAUUCAUUCGUAUUGUUGCAAUUUUCCUCUGCUUAUUGCUUUUAUCUCCUGGUUCCCCCACUCAUCCCCUCUCUCCAUCCCUUCUUUAGACACACAGCAGGUGACACCAAAGUCCCGUUCUGCCUGCAGUCGUGUGUAAAGCCGCUGAAGUAUGCCAUCGCCGUGCACGACCACGGGACAGAUUAUGUGCACCGUUUCAUCGGCAAGGAGCCCAGCGGCCUGCGCUUCAACAAACUAUUCCUUAACGAGGAAGGUGAGGGACGCACGUAUAGAGAUAUAAAAUACUAGAGUGGCUGGUGUCAUAAAACCUACAGAGCUCCAGAAUGAGAUUCUGUAUUUCUAUGGUCGCAGGCAGCACCAGUCUGUCUGGAGCUCCACUGCUCACUGUGUGGAUGUUCAUUUCACACGCAGAACUGACAACAGAGGUGUUAGUUACGAUGCAGUGCUGCUCAGGUGGUCCUAUUUUACUUCAAACCUAGCAUACCCCUGUGAAAAGAUAAUGUCCUUUCAUAGAAUCAUUUAUAUUUUGUAUACAUACAUUGGACAAGGCAGUUGUCCGGGUUGAUUAAUAGAUAGAAAGUAGUCCCUCUGGGUGGGUUGUCAUGUGAUUCAGUGAAAGGUGAUCCAGCCUGUGGUGCAGUCUGUUGCCAUGGUAAUGUUAUGUAAUCUUAAUGAGAGGUGUUGGUGCAGCCGGAUAGAAUCAGUACAUAGGCUCUCAAUGUCCAUACGCUCUACUCAAUCUGCAAUAGUCUACAUAGACCUAGAGAAUAACAACAACUUCAUGUAUCAUAUCUUUGAUAAGAUCCUAGUUUAAAGCUGGAAUCCGUACUUGGUGAAACUGCCACGUUAGCUUGCGAUAUUACAACAACAAAUACGUUUUUUUCCCUCUGACAAAUUUGCACAUCGUUGCACGCUUCGAUAGAACAGCAAAGUAUGCAAUGCGAUUUAUUUUUCUUUUUUCACAAUGCUGGAUGCUCCUCUCCUCCGUUUCAUCAACAAAACAAAAGCAAUAACAACUGUGCUGCCGUGAACAGUGUCAAUGUUUCACCUUCUGCGGAUUUCAGCUUUAAGUAUAAAGCACAUACAGAAGCUAUCUGGAGAGCAGCAGUUGUCAAGCUCUCUCAAAUCAAGCCUUAUCUUUUUCAAAUCAAAUCAAGGCAAUGCAACUCAUUGCUCUGAUUGCUGUGUUGGUUGGUAAAUGAUGCUAUCUAGCUCUGUAGAUUGUGACUCAGGUUUAGUACAGGGUUUCAGUAAAUCCCAGGUCGGUUUUGGUUUUGAUGUACUCUCUCCUAUUGGCCAUGUUAUCUAAUCAGUUUAGGCAACCUGCUAGCAGUGGUAGGAAUGUUGUUGUUUCCUGGUUUUUGUGUGUGAUUGCAUAAGAAGAUUAAAGGGUGUAGGGGAUAGGGAAGGGGAAGUGGCGUAACACAACAGACCUACAGUGCAGCUAGUACUGAGCAGUGAGUUCAUGGCUAUGUACCUCAAUAUCACUAGUAUGCUCUCUAGAUUACAAAGGCAGCUGUGGUCCCAUUAGCAUUCAUUCAUUAUCCAUCUGAUUGUUAUUCUGCUAAUUUCCUCACUUCAAGUUCAAAGUUACAUGAUCAUUGGGCAUAUUUGCUUCGAACAUUGAAUGUGUUGAGUAAGGGCGGCAGGUAGCUUAGUGGUUAAGAGCGUAGUGCCAGUAACCAAAAGGUUGCUGGUUCUAAUCCCCGAGCCGACUAGGUGAAAAAUCUGUCAAUGUGCCCUUGAGCAAGGCACUUAACCCUAAUUGCUCCUGUAAGCCGCUCUGGAUAAGAGCGUCUGCUAAAUGACUAAAAUGUAAAUGUAAUGUGUGGUGAUUGUGAAGAAAAUGUAACCUUGCUGUGUAUGAAUGUAUACUCUGUCCACUGCAUCUGUAACCAUGUUAUAAUGUAAUAUACACUGAUUUCCACAGAUAAACCACAUAACCCUAUGGUUAACGCCGGCGCUAUUGUGUGCACGUCCCUCCUAAAGGUAAAUAACAUUUGAAUUUCAGAUAAUAAUGUAUGUUUUUUGAGGGGGAAACAUUUGUUAAAAAAAGAAACGUCGAACCAUGCCAUUGUUCAGUACAGUGGGUAGUUGUACCAAUGCUAGGUUACAUAAUACGUUAGUUCAGUUCUGUACGUAGCUUGUCACCUCUGGAGUGACAAAGUUGUAUUGAAUUACAUUCUAAAUACAUUUAAAAACAGGGGGGACUUCAUUGCUUUAGCCAGAUUACCAGCCUGCACUGUACUGUAUAUGGAGAGAUUAAGACUAUAGAUAAUUCAGCUGAAAGGGGAUUUGUUUGGUGAAAGCAUCAGUGAGCUGCCUGCCUUUCAGUUAUGCACAUAGCCCAUACAGUACACACAAGGCUGAGUUUGUGUGAGACAGCGCUAGCGUGUCAGAUUGGUCUAACCAGCCCAGCCAUACAUUUAAUCAUGGGUAAAACUGCUUUGAUAUAUGAAUGAAAGAUCAAAAUGUGGGUGUGUUCUGUGCAUCCUGUCGCCUGCUUAAAUCUUAUGUCUGUGACCAGGCAGAGGCAAAGCCAUGCUGGCUGGCUAUUGGCUGAGAGGAGUAGAACAUCUUUGCUAUUGGCUAUUAGUCAGGAAGUGCUGUUAGAAAUAGCUUACUGUAUGGGACUAGUGCACCCUCUGCUGCUGAAACUGUGAUGAAUUCUCUGUGUGUUUAUUAUGAGAUAUUGUAGGGUAAAACACAUUCACCUCCAAUGCGUUGUAGGUGCCUCGCUGAAGACUAGAACCAAGAGGGGACACAUACAUGUAUGUUGUGUGCAUAAGUCUUCUGUAGUGUUGUUACUACAUAACCCACCACCAGCCCAUUUAUCAUAUCCACACGAGGAACUACGUUUGUUUCAUACUAAACUUUCAACAAUCACAUACCGUAAACUAAGCUAAUGAUACAAACUCUGUCCAAAUGACUUCUCUUCCACCUUCAAUGUAUUCAGAGAAAUAAUACUUUUAGCUAUUCUCUCUUAGCUCUUUAGAUCUUCUUUCUCUGCAGAAAUGAGGUUACAUCUCCAAUAAUUAGUGGCUGCAACCUGUUGCAGGUACCUUUUUCUUACUGUAUGUAGCCAAAGCCCAUAUAUAUAGCUGUAGGGGCUAGUUUAACAGCACAACUGUCUGUCUUAGAUGAAGACAGUGUAGGCACUACAUUACCACCUUCAAAACAAGACUAGCACUUUGUUCCAUAUUUCAACGUAACAUGGCAUAUGGACCCAGAUAGAUGAGGCUUGGCUACUCAUCAAUCUCAACCACAACCAAGCCAAGUUACUGAAUGAAGCCUUGAGUUUUCUGGUUUGAUUUGGGGUUGAACUCUGAUGGAAAGGUGCUGUAUGAUUAUCCUGUCUAAGAGUUUAUAGGAAUAACACCUAUAAGGAGUAACAACUCUAUAAGGAGUAAUUAAUGUUAACAUUUUAUUUUAUUGAUACUUGUGUCAUACUGUACACUAUGUACUCAAUAUGGUACAUAGUACAGUACACAAAAGAUUACACCUAGUGAUAUACAGAUGUAGGAUCUUAAUUUGAGCCAGUUUGCUACAGCAUGAAUAUAAUUCUGCAGCAACAGGAAAUGUGAAUUAUUAUGUGAAUUAUAUAAUUAAUGGACAUUUUUUUGUAGGGGUUGAUACAUUUUUCGUUAUGGCAAAUCAAGUCUUGACAUUUUAAAGUGAAAAUAAAUUACAAAAUGUAGAAGCCUUUUUAAACCUUGAAUACACUACAAGUUUGCAUUUCCUGCUGUGAGUGAUCAAAUUAAGAUCCUACAUUUGUAGCCUAUCAGUAAUUUGGUUAUUUGGAUAGCACUCAUUUGACUUGACAGGGUAAUGAUGUGGUAUCUUUCUGCUUAAAUCUUCAUUAUAACUUUAAACCAAUCACUGUAACGGUUGCUAAUGGUGGGCUCAAUAAUCAAUCCACUGAUUGGAUGCCCCCACAUUCUAAUCUAAUGUAUUCAGUAAUAUAGACCAGAUCUGUCUCUCAAAAUGUGGUUUCCCUAUGGUAAAUCUGGGACUAAACUAUGGGAAUGUUGUAAUGUAUUUUUGAAGCCUCGUUUGUGGUUUAUUUGUUGUUGCAUAUUUUACAGCAUUAAGAUCUGUGGGAAAUUAUGACCACUGCCACAGGUCAAUGACGUUGGUAAAUGUUUUCUUUAAAUUAUUGAACAACAUCUGGAUUUGUUAUAAUAAUUUGUCACCUGCAUUUUACAAACGGUUUACAAACUGCUUAUAACCUGAUAAUAAACAGAAAGGCAAGGAUCCUAAAAUAUGUUUUUCAAAAUUGUGAUAGUACAAACGUGCCAUUUUGUUUUGGAUUGAUUUUGUGUUUCAUUGUUUGAAUGUAUUUAACUGAUUUAUUUGCCCUAUUUGUAUUAUUAGAGUUAAAUAUAAAGUUUCCUUUCUGUAGUACCUCCUCUCCUCAGCUCACACUACAUAUCCCAGAAGUUAGUGUGUUCUACAAUAUUAAGUGAUGACAUCACUAAUUAAUCUGCACAUAUAGAUCCAUAACCUUCUACAACACACAGGAUCAGCCACACACUAGCAUACAUCACAUCACUAACUUUCAACAGACACUCAGACCCCUACAGUACAUAGGCUACUUACACUACUACAGAUUAACUUCACGUAUACCUGUCUAUGCAGAAUUGCAGAUAUAAGGAAUUGUAUUUACCUGUGGUGCAUUUUAACCCCAUAACAGUCUGGUAGAAUGGGCUACACAUUGUUUUGCCGAUUGUCUUUUGGUAGAUUAUUUUCUCAUUUGAAAACCCUCGACUCUUUGAUUAAUGAUUCAUUUAGUCUCCUUCAUAUCCAACUAGCUAGUUGCCCACUAAUCCUAAAUAUUUGUAAUAUUAGGACUAAACUUAUUUUCUUUAGGGUACAUACAGUUUUUUAAAUAAUGAUUAUUGCUAGAUUUUGUAAUGAAAAUGGUAAUUUGAUCUAGGAAUAAUUUGAAUAUGUCAUAAGGUAUUCCCACUAGCUAGGUGAUAUACUGUAUAUCAAAUUUGAUAGUAUGUGAUUUUCUGUUUCUCUUUUAGCAAGGGGCAAGCAACGCUGAGAAAUUUGAUUAUGUAAGUAACGCUACCCAGUUCUUUUAUGUUUAGCCCUGACUAUUUGAGAUGAUCAUCUUUGUAAUGAUGGGUAGACUUUGUGACCUUUGGACUUUGUAUUGCAGGUCAUGAACUUCAUGAACAAGCUGGCAGGAAACGAGUAUGUGGGUUUCAGCAAUGCCACGUGAGUUCUCAAGAGGAAGAACUGGGGUUGUGGUUUGGUUCAGCACCUUGGCUCACCACCAUUGGCCAGGUGCCAUGCCUUAGUAAUCAUCAAUGUUGUUUUCAUCACUAGAUUUUUUAGUAUGAAUAUCAGUUUCAAUCAGUACUGUAUUCUGCUUUAGAAUAACCACCACAAAAACAACAACCAUAGUGAUAAAUCUCGAUCUCAACAACAUCAAAAACCAAAGCCACAGGAAGUAGUGGUGCUGAGGGUGCUGCAGCACCCCCUGAAAAGUUGCUAAAAGAAAAUAACGUCAAAGAAUGUAAUAACAUUAAUAAAAGUAGUGCACUGGGCCUUUACCAGUCCUGUAUUAGCAGACCGAUAUAGCUGUCAGUAGUGCGGGCAAAACAAUGAUGUUGCGCCGCCGCCGCCCCCACCCCCAAACUACUUCCUGUGGCUAUGUCAACAACACAAAUAGCUUUACUGGUUUGGGAAGUAGAAUUGGAACCAAAUUGGAAUUGAACUUAGUUGAAACAGAACAGCUAACUAACAACACAACUCUCUUUGCACCCAGAUUCCAGUCAGAGAGGGAGUCUGGGGAUCGGAACUUUGCUAUCGGCUACUAUCUGAAGGAGAAGAAGGUUGGUGACAGCUGAAACAAGCACACACAUUUUACAUCAGUCAAAUGUACCUUUCUAGAUCACUUAGACAUUUUUACUAGGCAUUUACUAGGCAUUGUCUGACUGUCAAAUCAAAUCACUGUUGUUUCUUUCUAGUGCUUUCCAGAAGGGACAGACAUGACUUCCAUUUUAGACCUCUACUUCCAGGUGAGUAUUUGUAUUUGGCAGCAGCUACUCCAAACACAUUAAGACACUUACAUCACACAUAAAACAAAAGAUAAAACAGUACAUCAUAUAACAUUAUUACACCACUACAUAUCUACAAUACAAAAUGUAUAAUACCACCAUACAACAAUAUUACAAUGUACGUGUGUGUGCUAGCGUUUGUGUGCAUAUGCGUGUGUCUCUUCACAGUCCCUGCUGUUCCAUAAGGUGUAUUUUUAUAUGUUUUUUAAAAUCUGAUUCUACUGCUUGCAUCAGUUACCUGAUGUGGAAUAGAGUUCCAUGUAGUCAUGGCUCUAUGUAGUACUGUGCACCUCCCAUAGUCUGUUCUGGACUUGGGGAUUGUGAAGAGAUCUCUGGUGGCAUGUCUGGGCUCUGCAUGGGUGUCCGACAGCUCGGUUCAUUCAGCUUGUCAACACUUCUUACAAAAACAAGUAGUGAUGAAGUCAAUUUCUCCUCCACUUUGAGCCAUGAGAGAUUGACAUGCAUAUCAUUAAUGUUAGCUCUCCGUGUACAUUUAAGGGCCAACCGUGCUGCCCUGUUUGUGGCACCUGACCACACGACUGAACAGUAGUUAGGGCCUGUAUGACCUGCCUUGUUGAUAAUGUUGUUAAGAAGGCAAAGGAGCGCUUUAUUAUGGACAGACUUCUCCCCAUCUUAGCUACUGUUAUAUCAAAAGGUUUUGACCCUGACAGUUUACAAUCAGGAUUACUCCAAGCAGUUUAGUCACCUCAACUUGCUAAUUUCCAUAUUAUUCAUUUCAAGAUUUAGUUGAGGUUUAGUGAAUGAUUUGUCCCAAAUCUAAAUAUUUAGGACUAACUUAUUCCUUGCCACCCAUUCUGAAACUAACUGCAGCUCUUUGUUAAGUGUUGCAGUGAUUUCACUCACUUUAGUAGCUGACGUGUAUAGUGUAUAGUCCUCCGCAUACAUAGACACACUGGCGGUGAUGACAGUGUAGGUAUACAUGGUAAAUUGGUGUGGGCAUCGAGUGAGCAUUUUUUCUUCAACAUGGUUCAAGUUUGAAGCUGUAUCAUUUCAAUGGGCUUUAGUGGAGAAACAUCCUGUUUGUGUUUUUCUCUCUCUGUUAGCUGUUAUUCCCUAUGGUAUAUUCAAAGUAUUCUAUUCUACUCUAGCUGUGCUCCAUCGAGGUGACCUGUGAAAGCGCUAGCGUCAUGGCAGCCACCCUGGCCAACGGCGGCUUUUGUCCAAUCACAGGCGAGCGCGUGCUGGGCCCGGAGGCGGUACGGAACACCCUGAGCCUCAUGCACUCCUGCGGCAUGUAUGACUUCUCGGGACAGUUCGCUUUCCACGUGAGUCUCCAAGUUCCUUCCCUCAAUACUUGCAUUUGUUGAUUUGACAGGGACCAUGUACAACAGACUUUGCACCAGAUUUGAGUUACAAUACUAAUUUGCAGUCCCCUAAUUUUCCUUCCCCCUAGUUUAGCGUUGUUUCCUACUGUCUGUUUGGCCUGUUUUUGGCCUGCUGUUCUUUGUCGUUGUUCCCACUGUGUCUCCAAUCUUUCACCAUUGAAGCAUUACACAUUACACUGCAGUAGGUCUUCCACUUCAUGAUGUUUGUCCAUCCACUGCUGUUCAUUUAUGCUGAUAUGUUUUGACACUGUUGUCUGCACUCCCUGUUAACCUCUUCCUCGAUGCUGUCUGGCAGGUUGGACUUCCAGCUAAGUCAGGCGUGGCAGGGGGCAUCCUGCUGGUGGUGCCCAACGUCAUGGGUAUCAUGUGCUGGUCUCCGCCGCUGGACAAGCUGGGUAACAGUGUACGAGGCAUCCAGUUCUGCACGGUACGAGAAACUGAUAGCUUUCACUCUGUUGUCUCUCUUUCAAUGAUCUAAUUGAUUGAUUGAUGAAAAACUGCAGAAAGUCUGACAGUGAUUGUUCUGUUCCAGGAUCUGGUGUCCCUUUGCAACUUCCACAACUACGACAACCUGAAGCACUUUGUCAAGAAGCUGGAUCCUCGCAGGGAGGGCGGAGACCAGAGGGUGAGUCGGGUUUUACUGGGAGCCUCUCUCUCCUUCUCCUGUCUUGUUCUACUUCCUUAUGUUCGACAAGGUGCCUUCAUGUAUAUGUAGUCAACAUAUUCCCUUGAAAAGGCUGUCGUUGGACUGAGUGUUUUUUAAAGCAAUAGUGCCAUCCACUGGAAGAUACUGAUAGUGCUAAAGGAAAGUGGUUGACAGGCAAACUGAUGCAAACUGCCUCUCUUUGUCUUUCAGGUGAAGUCGGUCAUCAAUCUUCUCUUUGCUGCGUACACUGGUGAUGUGUCUGCACUGAGGAGGUACACAGCACUGCAUUAUCUCCAUAUUGGCCAAUAAGCCCUUAAAAAUAAGCUAUGAAAGGAAAUAUGUCAUGUUUUGACAUCUUUGGAGAGUAAAUGCCAAAUCUGUCCCUGUGUCAGACAGAGACCUUGUAAGGUUUCCCUGUGUGUCUACAUGGGGACUAGAGGUGGCGUGUGCUAUUUUGGCUGCUGUAAAGUACUCAUCCCUGUCCUUCUGUGGAAUGUGUCCAGGUUUGCUCUGUCUUCCAUGGACAUGGAGCAGAGGGACUAUGACUCCAGGACGGCCCUCCAUGUGGCAGCAGCAGAAGGACAUGUGGAGGUGGUCAAGUUCCUGUUGGAGGCAUGUAGGGUCAACCCUGUUCCCAAAGACAGGUGAGCUUAGAAUCAAUGGCCCCAAAGACCACCCAGUGUCUGUCAAUGUAGAUAAGAUCCAAUGUCUCCAAUGGACAAGAAGACAUAUUUUCAACCAGUGUCUGUCUGUAACCAGUUUUCCAUCCAACUUUUUUAUGCGAGUAAAGUACGUCGGAUAAGAAAUGUCCCGACAGGCUGGAUGGAAACAGCAAAUUUGUUGGUAAACUUUCCAAAUGUCGACAAAACAAAAUACGCUAGACAAGAUGGGAUAUUUUUGUCUCUAAAAUGUAUUAUGCAAGAAAUGGUGGUGGAAACGCUUUUAUGCGCAAAUAUUUAUAUAAUAACCAUCAUAUAGAUGUAAACUUGGAGUCACACAAUGAUAUGUUGUGUGGUCCUCCCACUACGACUUGGGAAAGCAUGCAGUUUAUUAGUCUACAGGUGAAAUAAGUUAUGAUGAACUUCACAGGGGGGUAAAAGUAUUUUAUUUAUGCAGAUUUGAGAAUAUUCACAUUAAUAUCUGUCGCCAAUUAGAUGGAAAACCUAGCUAAUAUAAAAUGUGUCCAUUUAAGAGCAGUGUUUACCAUGUCUCUUGUCUGUUCCAUCAAGGUGGGGUAACACACCGAUGGAAGAGGCAGUGCACUUUGGACACCACGAUGUUGUGACCAUGCUCCAGGACUACAAUAACAAGUACAGUCCACCGGGGGGCGCCACUGAGGACAAAGAGAAGGAGAUAUCGGAGAAGAACAUUGACGGCCUAUUAUGAGCCAACUAAUACUCUUAUUUAUCCAUAGAAAUUAAAUAACUAGAACGGACGUUCCCAUUGAAAUUAUAUAUGUGAUCUGAGAGGCUUGGUCCAUUCCAGUCAUUCUAUUUCUAUGGCCCCAUUAACUAUCUGGAAGAUUUACUGUAAGUGUGUGGUCCCUUUGUCACGUCAGUGGUAGGUCACGUAUACUGUUGAUAAUACUGUAUUGUUGAUUUUGUAUAAAAGUAUUGUAUUUCUGUAUUUUCAAAGACGACAAUGUGUCCCAAAAAAUAUAUUUUGACCGACUUUUACCCAGAUGUUUUUUGUUUUUUUGGUUGUUUCCUUUUUUAUGUCGUACUGUUCACUCUGCACAACUCUCCCUCUGUGUGUGUCGGCACUAUGUGGAAUGUAUUUUCUACAUUUAAGUGCACAAAACAUUUCUCUUUAUGUACAACAGUGUGUAAAACCUGAACGUAUGCAUAAGAUAACGUGCACAUUUAUGUAAUGUGUGUAUAUCCCUGAAAUUAAGAUAAUAUCUGAGGUAGAUGGAUUCAGUGUAAAUACUAUUUAUCUGUAGUGAAAUCAAGUGACUCUCUCACUGGCACAGCUUUUGAAGAAAAUGGAUAAAGUCCACACGCUGUGCAGUUAGGCUUAAGUUUGGCUAUAUUGAUGAGGCAGAAUGCGUUAUAUAAACUUUACCACAUGUUCACAGAUCUAGGUAGCCUGGUCACAAAUCUGUUUGUGCUGUAUAUGACACUGGCUAUACAGUUGGCUAUACAGCCCAGACAGAUCUGGGACCAGGCUAUCUAUGGUUUAGGACCUCUGGUCUUUUGAUUUAGGCCUAGUUGCUUCAUAUGAAUUGAAAGUAUGGCAUUAUGUGGAAUGAGUUUUGUUUUGCUGGUUUGCUAUUUGAUAGCUAGACAUUUUUGCACAUUUUUCUUCAAAAUGACAAAAGUUGUUUUUUCUUGAUUGUUCUAUAUUCUUUUAAUUUUGAGUAGAAAGGGGUUUAUUUAUUUAAGUGUCAGCCAAAGCUGUUGUGUACGUUUGCUCCACCUGAUAAUAAAGUCAAGUCGGCAACUUUAAAAAAGAGAACAUAUCAUAAGUGAGCCGCCUAAUGCCCUACAGAAGGUGUGGAGCCAUGGCACAAAACCCACAGUCUGAGUUUCUCAGGAGCAACACAAUACAAUUCAACCAGCAGCCAUGUGCUCUUUACAGACAGGUUUCCCACCUAUGCUAAUUCAAAUUUUAGGGCAAAACAUAAAACCCUUCGAAACAUUGAUUUAUCACUUCAUGGAUACAGCAGUGUCAAUGGCGUUACUAUCAUGUCUUAUCACACAAGUUUACUUAUUUGUCAGCUAUAUGGUUUUACAUGGAUUUUAUCUUCAGUUAUAGACAGUUAUUGACAGUGCAUUACACUUUAAUGAAUGUUUUUAGUUCGGAACAACUCCACAAUGGUGGACUUUAAAUCUUGCCAUACUCACCCAAAAGCCUAUUUUGGGUAGAUAAAAUAGUUGUCAUUAUAGGCCUAUAUGAAAGCAGAACACUAAGACUAUCCUACACAUAACUAAUGGAGCACUUUUUAUGCAGAUACGCACAUUGAUUGUUUAACUGUUUAGAGUGUAAAAUAAACGUAUAAGCGUAUACUUGAAAAGUCAGGUUGUUUUGGUGAGAACUAGUCUGUUUGUGUGUAUAUAUGUUUGUGUCAUUGACUAUGGGAGGGACAGCAACUACAAAUCUGGUAAUGACAGAGGGCAUUGCAUUCAAAAUCUCAAGCCCUACACUAUUGUACUAAAAGUACUCAGGCAACGUACUUGUGAUUUGAUGAAUGAAUAUGAUAUUGUUAUUGAAUAACUCAUCUCAAGUGUUUAGUGUUGCUUUCAUUGGAUUUGACUUGACUUUGUAUCCCCAGUCCCUGUUGCACAAGAAGCCUCGUAUGUAUGAGUGUUUAUUGUUCAUCUGUGUAGGUGCAGGUCAACUUCAACAUUAACUAAUUAUUUUGAAUGUACC